GCGAUACGCGCUCUCCCAUUGGCUGGCUAGACUCGCGGAUUAAUAUUGUAUAUAUACUUAUAGGACGCACGGCGCGCACGGCUCUCUCUCUCUAUACCUACCUAUAAUAUGUAUAGGUGCAUACGACUGCGCGCGCGGCGCAUCGGGCUUUUUUCGCGAGAGAGAAAAACAGAGAGAGAGAGACGGAGAUAAGUAGGCACGCAGCGAGAGACAGACAAGCCACGCGCGCAGGACAGGACUGAACCCAACACUUGCAGCAGUACUUAGCACGCGCUCAGCUCUGAUCUCUGAUGGCUGUAUAGGAAGAAAAUAAAAGUAAUGGAUAAUUCGUUCGAUUUAAAUAAUACAAACAACGAUAACUCUAUGACGAUGGACGAAGACAAGGGAGAAACGUACGUGCUGACGCGAAAAGUCGAUGAAGUUACAGGAUCACAAAUGAAAGAAAUAGAAGUUCAAAAGAUGGAAGAUGAUUAUACUAUAAAAAUGUUGGAGCGCAAGUACAUAGAAACCAAGCGAAAUCUCUUGUACACGAAAAGGAAGGUGGAGGAAGCGCGCAAUAAAGGCGCAGAGCAAACGGAGACGAUGAACCAACUUUUGGAAGCCAACAAGGCCAUCGUAGAAAAAUUCGAUGAACUGAAACGGUAUCAAACUGGAUCACUGCUAGAUAGUUUGAAUAAUGCCGAGAAAACGUAUUACAACUGGAAAGAUAAAUAUGCCGAAUUUUCAAAUAUUUUGCAAAUGAUACUGGAAAAAGAGAACUAUUCGAUUCGGCUGAAUGAGGGCGUUUCAAAAAGAAAGAAUGAAUUGAAUAUAGAAAUACAACGACAAAUCGCUCAAAGAAAAAAAGCCAUCAACGAUCUUAAUGAGGCUUUAGCGCAGUCCGAUCAUAAGAAUAAAAUCCUUCAGAAGCAACUGAAUUUAGAAACAUUUGAUAAUAACUUAAAAAAUAUCAUUGACGAAAAAAGUAAAAGAGUUAUUCAGUUGGAAGCAGAUCAUGAAAGCUAUCAGAGAUUAUUUAAACAAGAAGUAGAUAAUCUAUUGCAAAUGAAAAAUAGUCAAAUUCAAGAAUUGCAAAACAUUAAUACAAAUUUGGAAUUAAAAAAAGAAGCUUUAUCAAAAUUGCAAUUAGAAGUAUCAUCGAUUGCAAAAAGUCAGAGUAAACAAAACCAAGUUCUUUUAAAUCUUAAAGCUAAGAAGGACGCAAUUUUGCAAGAGGUAACAAGAAGCCGUCAAAUAAGUGACAUGACAAAAAAAUCAUUCGAUGAGAACGUGACGAAUAUUAUGAAUGAUCAAGAAAAAAUGAAUGCCGAAUUACAAGCGGCUGAAAAGAAUUUUGUGACAACUGAAGAAAGUUUGCAAAAAGAAUUUGGAACUUUGCGUACCGCAUAUGACGAAAAGAAAAAAAUGUUGAAAAAAUUGGAAACUAGUGAGGAAGAUUUGAAACAGUUCCGAUCUAUGAAAUCUACAAAAUUGAAGGAAUUAGAUGCUAAUUGCAAAGAAAAGGAAGGCGAAGUUAUAAAAAUAGCUGAAGAUUAUGCAAAGUUAGAACAAAUGGAGUCUGCAUAUAUACAAAAACAAAGUAACUUGGAUGCUAAAAUAAAAGAAUUACAAGAAAAAAUAAAUAGCAUACAAAAAGAAUUAAAUGCAGUUGAGAAAGAUGAAAAUGAUGCAACGACCAGCGGUGUAAAUACGCGUAAAGAAAAAUCAAAACCAAUGUUUCAAAAUGAGAAUAAAACCGUUGAUUCAACGGGUAAAGCUGACUCUGAUUCUAACAAGGAUGAUAAGAAAAAAGGCAUCAAAUCCCUAACUCCUGAGAAGAACGUUUUAAAAAGCUGGUUUGAAUCUGACGAUUCUGAAGAGUCUGAGGAUGAAUUCAAAAUACAAAAUAUCAUUCCUAAAAUAUCAAAUUCUGCUACAGCUGCACAGAAAAAACCGGUUUAUGAUAGAGAUUUGGAUGCUCAAAGUAUCGACAGCACGAACGAUGACAAUCGAUCUCAAAGCGACAAACUUUUCGAUGAGCUUUUUGCACAAAAGUCAACAGUUACUUCGAAAAACGAGGUCAUUUUAAACAGCCUUAUGUAUGGUCCUACUAUAUUGAAAAUAGUAAGAGAGAGGGGGGCGAACUUGAACGCGGAGCUAUAAACUUUUGAGUAAAGUGCACCUGGUAACAUAUAUGUCAUAUAUCUCACCAAAACCAACAUUUGGACCGUCGGACUUUUCUGUAAGCAGCGGUUAUGCGCGCAGGUGAAUAGAAAAUUCUCGAACACUUUCUGUAACUUUUAAAAGUCAGGAAAAGCGUGAACACGCCAGUGUGUCUAAAAAUUAAUAUUUUCGGCCUGUGAGAUCAAAAAGUACACGUUAAAAGGGUGAUUUUGACGCUGGGUCGCUUGCUAUACGUAAGUUUUAAGGCUAGAUAUUGACAAUUGAAUUUUUCAAAACCCUUAUUGGGGCUAAUUUGUAGAUCAGGUACGGGGCAAUACUGUACGUAAGAUUAACAUAGAGAGAUAUGGACUUGACAUCCAUUUUUUAUAAACAUGCCUUUAGUACUUUAAUUAUAGCUUAAAAUGGUUCGUAAAUAUACUAAAAAAAAGAUAAGUAAAAAUGCGAUAUGCUCAAAAAAACUGUCAAAUGCCGCAUAAGCUGUGGUAAGGGAUAACUGACGUAUAGUAGCGACAUGGGUCGCCAAUAUGAUAUAAAAGCUUCAUCUCUGUCACAGCACUUACAAAAAUAAAAAAAUAAAGUUUCAAAUACUAUGUGUA